AUCUUGCAUGUUUAGGGCAAAGUCCAUUCGAUUUGACGGAAAAUAUGCGCUAAACAAUCUGAAAAUUGUGACAUUCUAAGGUAUUUCUGAAUUAGCCAUUACGAAGACCGAAUACCCGGAAACAGCUUCCAGAGUAUUGGUCGCCAUGGAAACCCGCAACAACAUUAACCCAGCUAAAUAAACGUCAAACUUCGAUCGUUUUAUAAAGGAGGACUUUUUUUAACCUAAGAAUACAUCCAUCGUAACCAUAAUGGAGACCACACCGGCUGACGAACAACUGGACCUGAGGUCAUCAGAAUUUGUGAAUACUGUUUUGGAUGGCACACACAGCAUGCUGACCUUAUCUAAGUCAGAGAGUAAACAGUCUGACUGGAAUAUUGACUGGGUCUCUUGUAAAGACUUUACGGUCGAGCUGGGGAAAGAACAAAUCAAGGAGUACAUGGGUACGUGGGAGAUGCACCCAAGCUGGCUGUUUAGCAUCAGGUUUAUCCAGGAAACCGAGCUUGAGUUCCAGAAACAAUAUCAUUACAAGGCCCUGUGGAGUAUUCCUACCUACCGUCACCCAAUCCCUAAAAACACAGCGUCUGUCUACUUUGUCAUCAGGAUCUCCAAGAUGAAACUUCAAACGCUGCCUGUGGAAGUCCACUAUCAAGUUGAAUCAAACCGAACAAUACAUAUCCCAGGAAAAACGAGAUUCCGUGAAAAGUGGCUCAAAGAUGUGAUUGCGAGCAAAGCUUUACUUCAAGAUUCUAUCACUUUCUAAAUGACUAAUGGUUAAACGUGUAAACGGGGUUCUUUUAAGUAAAAACUAAGUAUUCCUUUAAAAAGUAGUAUGCUAUUUCUUGAGAACAAAUAACUGACAAACCACUCACAACUCACAGCCAACAAAGAAGCGUUAACUACAUUAAAAUCCCCUGCUAAAGUGAAAAUAGGACGUUUGACAUGUAGCUAGAUAGCUACUCAGCCAGCUAGAGAUAGCUAGCUAGCUAACUAGCUUGGUUUUCGGGUACUGCCUACAAAAGUUGCAAAAGCAACGAGCUAGCUAGACAACUGUGCUAAGAUACCGCAACGACAUUGGGUUAAUUUUAUUACCAGGGAAUAACUUAUUCCACAGUUUACCUUACUCUAGCUAGCUGUUGUGCUAAUAUGGGUUUGUUGUAUCGGCCAGAUACCAUUAACCUAGUUAGUUAAUGCUACGGUAGUUAAUCAAC